AUGGCCGCCACACUUCGUGAAGUAGCUAUAAAGGCAUUGUGGGUGUACUUGUCUGUUUUGUUGUUGUUCGUUUCAUCGAAUAUGCAUUACUUGGUUGAUGGGGCAUCUCAAGUUCCUUGUUACUUCAUAUUUGGAGACUCGUUAUCCGAUAGUGGAAAUAACAAUGGGCUUUUGACACUGGCCAAAGUCAAUUAUCGUCCCUAUGGCAUUGACUUUCCACAAGGUCCAACUGGAAGGUUCUCCAACGGACGUAACUUGGUCGAUAUUAUUGCUGAACUACUAGGUUUUGAUGAAUAUAUACCCACUUUCGCGGCUGCAAUUGGAGGAGAUAUAACAAAAGGUGUAAAUUAUGCAUCUGGUGCAGCUGGUAUCCGUGACGAAUCUGGACGUAACCAGGGAAUGAGAAUAACCUUGUAUAAGCAAUUGAUAAAUCACCAAAUCAUAGUCAAUAAGCUUGUUGCCAAUGGUUCACUCGCUGCAGAUUAUCUAAGCAAGUGCAUAUAUUCGAUUGCGAUAGGCGCUAACGAUUACAUUAACAACUACUUCAUGCCAAAACUCUACCCAACUAGCCGCUUAUAUACUCCAAAGCAAUAUGCAGAUGUUCUUGUCGAAGAAUGCUCUCAGCAAUUACGGACUCUGUACAACUCGGGGGCAAGGAAGAUGGCCCUUAUUGGACUAGGCACGAUAGGUUCCACACCCUUCGAAGUGGCAAUGUGUGGCAUAAACGGCACCGUAUGUGUUGAUAACAUCAACUAUGCUGCCCAACUUUUCAAUGCAAGGCUUAAAUCACUUGUCACUGAUCUUAACACAAAUCUAACAAAUGCUAUGUUCAUUUACAUAGAUUAUUAUGGAAUUGGACUAUCCAGUGCUGCUUCAUCUCCUCCUGGUUCUGUUAAUUACACUGCACCAUGCUGUGAAGUUGAAAUGAAUAGUACGACGGGGCUAUGCACCCCGUUCAAGACCCCAUGCCAGAAUAGAACUCAAUAUGCAUUUUGGGAUGCUAUCCAUCCUACUGAGAUUUCAAAUGUGGAAACCAGAAAGAAAGGCCAAGAUCGGCUCCAAGACGGAUCCAGACUUCCAAGCAAAGUUGAUUACUUUCCUCAAGUCCAGACAGGAAGUGUUUGCAUGGUCAUAGGCCGAUAUGCCAGGGAUCUCACCAGAGUUGCUAACCCACAAACUCACCAUCUCAUCAGACGUUCCCCCUAUCAGGUAGACCUUACAGAGGAAAAAUACAAGGCCAUCCAGGCAGAAGUCAAGAAGCUCCAAGAUGUCAAGUUUGUCAAGGAAGUAUCCUACCCGAUAUGGCUAUCAAACAUUGUGAUGGUGAAGAAACCUAAUGGCAAAUGGUGA